ACUUAAUAUUAUCAUAUCUAUUAUUCACGCUUAAAAAUUGGGUGGAGUGAAACCCUAACUCAUACAUCGACUCGACUGCGAGUGUGCCCAACUUCUGCGAAAUCAGUUUUCUACAAUGGGAAGGAAAAAGACAGAGGAUGCUGGCCCAUCUGCGAAGGUAAAGGCUGGUAGCAAAGAUCCUCCUAAGAAGGAAAAAAUUUCUGUGUCUGCCAUGCUGGCCAGUAUGGAUGAAAAGCCUGAUAAACCUAAAAAGGUCCCUUCUUCCUCCAGUAAGCCGAAGCCGAAAUCUGCUCCAAAAGCUUCCACAUACACCGACGGAAUUGAUCUUCCUCCAUCCGACGAUGAAGAUGAUGAUGAUCUCUUGGAAGAGGGGGAAGCCAAAAGGUCCAGUCAGCAGCAGCAAAGGGUUGAUUUGAAGCCACUUGAUGUGCCUAUUGCUGAUAAAGAGUUGAAAAAGCGCGAAAAGAAGGAUCUUUUAGCCGCACAUGCUGCUGAGCAGGCAAAGAAGGAGGCUCUUAGGGAUGACCACGAUGCUUUCACUGUGGUCAUUGGAAGCCGGGCUUCGGUGCUUGAUGGAGGAGAUGAUGCUGAUGCUAAUGUCAAAGAUAUAACAGUAGAAAAUUUCUCCGUGUCUGCACGGGGUAAAGAACUUCUGAAAAAUGCAACAGUGAAGAUAUCUCACGGGAAGAGGUAUGGUUUGGUUGGGCCCAAUGGAAAAGGAAAGUCCACGCUGUUGAAACUUCUUGCUUGGAGGAAGAUACCGGUACCUAAGAAUAUCGAUGUCCUUCUGGUUGAGCAGGAGGUAGUUGGUGAUGAUAAAACAGCUCUUGAAGCUGUUGUUUCAGCUAAUGACGAACUUGUUAAAAUUCGACAAGAAGUUGCAUCUCUGCAGAAUGCAGCUUCUGUUGAAGACAAAGAUAAUGAUGAGGAAGACGAGACAGGAGAGAAGCUAGCAGAGCUAUAUGAAAAACUACAGCUGAUGGGAUCUGAUGCUGCUGAAGCUCAAGCAUCAAAGAUAUUAGCUGGUUUAGGUUUUACAAAGGACAUGCAAGCCCGUCCUACAAAAUCCUUUAGUGGUGGCUGGAGGAUGAGAAUUUCUUUAGCUCGAGCACUUUUUGUGCAACCAACUCUAUUAUUGCUUGAUGAACCCACAAAUCAUCUUGACCUGAGGGCUGUUCUCUGGUUGGAAGAGUAUUUGUGCCGUUGGAAGAAAACUCUGGUGGUUGUCUCACAUGAUAGGGAUUUUCUCAAUACAGUGUGUACUGAGAUUAUUCAUCUCCAUGAUUUGAAACUUCAUUUCUAUCGUGGAAAUUUUGAUGAUUUUGAGAGCGGGUACGAACAGCGUCGUAAAGAGAUGAAUAAGAAGUAUGAUAUUUAUGCCAAGCAAUUGCAAGCUGCUAAAAGAAGUGGAAACCAGGCUCAGCAAAAAAAGGUUAAGGAUCAAGCAAAGUUUGCAGCAGCUAAGGAAAAAAGCAAGGGAAAGGGCAAGGGCAAGGUUGACGAGGAUGAGGCCCCACCAGAGGCACCUCAGAAGUGGAGGGAUUACAGCGUGGAAUUUCACUUUCCGGAACCUACUGAGCUCACACCCCCACUUCUGCAGCUUAUUGAAGUCAGCUUUAGCUACCCAAACCGGGAGGAUUUCAGGCUCUCAAAUGUUGAUGUUGGAAUUGAUAUGGGGACUCGUGUUGCGAUUGUUGGGCCUAAUGGAGCUGGAAAAUCUACAUUGCUGAAUCUUCUAGCUGGUGAUUUGGUUCCUUCCGAGGGUGAAAUUCGAAGGAGUCAGAAGUUGAGGAUAGGAAGAUAUUCCCAACACUUUGUGGACCUUCUAACAAUGGAUGAAACAGCUGUGCAGUAUCUUCUGCGUCUCCAUCCAGAUCAGGAGGGACUUAGCAAGCAGGAGGCUGUCCGUGCAAAACUUGGUAAGUUUGGGCUACCAAGUCAUAACCAUCUUACUCCUAUUGCCAAACUAUCAGGAGGGCAGAAAGCUCGGGUGGUCUUCACAUCUAUCUCCAUGUCAAAUCCACACAUUUUAUUGUUAGAUGAACCCACCAAUCAUCUGGACAUGCAAAGUAUUGAUGCAUUGGCCGAUGCACUGGAUGAAUUCACCGGUGGAGUUGUUCUUGUUAGUCAUGAUUCAAGAUUGAUAUCACGUGUAUGUGAGGAUGAAGAAAGGAGUCAAAUCUGGGUUGUCGAAGAGGGCACUGUCAAAAAUUUCCCAGGAACAUUUGAGGAUUACAAGGACGACUUGCUGAGAGAGAUUAAAGCUGAAGUUGAUGAUUGAGCUUCCUUUUCUGAAAACAAUUCAUUUAAAGUGAAAUUUGUCCACAUAUAUCUACAUUUUUGCCUUCCUGUAUUUUGCUGAUAAAGAUUACUUGCCUCCCGCCCAUGCCGGAUUUUGUCCACCCCUUCUCCCUGUUCAUUUUCAUGUAUUCUGCAAUUGAGUGUAAUUUUAGGUUGCGGGAAAUGCUAUUAAUACUUUAGUGAGACUUGUUUUUGGAUUACCAAAGUUUUUUGUGUUAAGAAUAUAUAGGAGCAUGUAAUUUAAACUGUUAGGACUAAUAAACAUCUGCAUUGUUCCAAAAUUUGUUUCA